AUGGAUCAGAAAAACUACCACUCAUCUUUUUCUUCAACUUCAAACAGAGAUCACUAUCUGAGACAACUCAACAAGCUUUCACAUAACAUUUCCAAACCCAACAUUAAGAAACCCACCUUCGAUUCUUCCCAGACCCACACCUUCAACAAACACGCUCUCCCCGAUUCUCACCCACACGUCUACAACAUCAGCAAGACCGAUUUCAGGGACAUGGUCCAAAAGCUCACCGGUUCACCCGCUCACAACCCGCAACCCAAACCGGUUGCUACCUCUCGCCUCCACCGCCUGCGCCCGCCUCCGCUGCCGCAGAUUAUCAGCCACCAUCCACCACCUCGCUCCGCCGCCGCGCCUCCCUCGCCUCUCCCGCCGUUUCCCAGCGUCCAUGCGGAAUCCCCUGUCUCGGCGUACAUGCGGUUUCUGCGGAACUCGAUGCCAUCGUCUAUUUCGGAGUCGGAGUUUCAGACUUUUGGAUGCUUGAACUCGGUUUCCCAGAUUCCCCUGUCACCGACUGUGCCGGUUUCGAGCCCUGGAGGAUGGAGAGAUCUUUGA